CUAAUACAUACUGAGUAUCCAUAGAAUACAGUGAAUGGCCGAUGGAGAAGACAAAACGCUGCAACUUUGUGCAGUUUUCUGUGUGGUGGGGCGUGAAUUGGCCACUGUGAGGUAGUUCUCGUUGACGGAGUCGUGCGUGGUCGUGGGCUGUAUAAGUAGACUCUACCAACUGACUAACAAGCAGUGAGCUCUGACACGGAGACACGGAGAACCAGUGACCAGACAGAGGAGUACAGCACUAACACUGACUGAUGACCCACAUGGAGAUGCCGGCUAAACUCGUCCUCCGCCUGGCGGUGAUCUCCGUGCUUCUCGCUUGCGCCCCGACGCAGGCGUGGUACAAACAGGUGGCCGGACCCAGCUACUACUCCGUGGGCAGGGCGUCCGGCUUACUGUCCGGAAUCCGGAGGUCAUCGUUUGUCAGGAGGGCUGAGCUGGAUCCGACAGAGAGCGAGGAGACGGCCACCAACAGCGUGCUCUCUGACCUGACUGCGCACUAUUCCAUCCUGAAGUCUAUGCCUUUGUGCAUUAAAGACAUUUCACCCAACCUGCAGAGCUGUGAGCUCACCCAGGACGUAAAGACUUCCUUCAAGUGUAAAGCCGAGGUCCACAUCUCUAUGGACUCUUCAGAUUGUGCAGGAGAUUGAGCAGCAGAGCCGAGAUGGGGGACAAACGCUGUCUUUCCUCAAAGGCAUGAUGAGGUCUAAAACUGUUCCACAUUCUCAUGGCAGAAAAUUAAAUCACUUUUUCAUUUGCCAUUUCAUUAACUGGAAUGUAAAAGUAUUGUAUCCUUGUACAU